UCGCCGUCGUCCGUUCGGGGGCGUGUCCUGCGGUGCCUUCUUCACUGCCCGUGGCUCGUGGCUCAGCGGCUCUCUCUCUGCGUCGAACUGCUGACAGGAGCAGCGAUACUCUGCCACCUCGAGAUUAACACUGCCAGCCGCCAAACUGAAGGCCCACUUAAUUCCAACCAUGCCUCCUCCUCUCCGUCAUCGCUCAAUGCGCAUCUUUGUGAAUGAUGAUCGCCAUGUCAUGGCAAAACACUCGGCCAUCUACCCUACACAGGAAGAGCUGGAGGCGGUGCAGAAUAUGGUGUCCCACACUGAGCGUGCCCUCAAGGCUGUUUCUGAUUGGCUGGAUGAGCAGGAGCGGGGCACUACAAAGCCGAAUCCCACUGACUCUGAUGGGGAUGGAGAGAAAGAGAGUGAAACCAAGACAGUGGAGCAGCACACGCGCACCCUGCGUGGAGUAAUGAGGGUUGGCCUGGUGGCCAAAGGUUUGCUGCUGAAAGGGGAUUUGGGUCUGGAACUAGUGCUGCUUUGUAAGGACAAGCCCACAGACACAUUGCUAAGGAAUGUGGCUGAGAACCUUGGUGUACAACUCAAGCUUAUUACAGAAGAUAAGUAUGAAGUCACUCAGAAUAUCCGUGAUGCUGCCAUUGUGAUCAGAAACACCAAGCAGCCCCCUCUCACUCUUACCAUCCAUCUUACUUCACCUAUCGUCAGGGAGGAGGCUGAAAAGCGGGCUGCUGGAGAAACGCUAUCAGUCAACGAUCCCCCGGAUGUACUGGACAGGCAGAAAUGCCUGGCUGCCUUGGCGUCUCUUCGCCACGCCAAGUGGUUCCAGGCCAGAGCCAAUGGACUGCGCUCCUGUGUGAUCGUCAUCCGGAUCCUGAGGGACCUUUGUGCACGUGUCCCCACCUGGGCCCCACUUAGGGGAUGGCCUUUGGAGCUUUUGUGCGAGAAAGCCAUUGGUACAGGAAACCGACCAAUGGGAGCAGGCGAGGCUCUCCGAAGAGUUCUUGAGUGUUUAGCUUCAGGAAUCCUGAUGGCAGAUGGUUCAGGCAUUUCUGACCCCUGUGAGAAAGAGGCAACUGAUGCUAUUAGUCACAUGGAUGAACAGCAACGAGAGGACAUUACCCAGAGUGCUCAGCAUGCCUUGAGGCUUUCAGCAUUCGGGCAGCUUCACAAAGUGCUUGGUAUGGACCCUCUGCCUUCUAAAAUGCCCAGGAAACCAAAGAGUGAAACUCCCAUUGAUUACACAGUUCAAAUUCCACCAAGUACGACCUACGCUCCACCUAUGAAACGGCCCAUAGAGGAGGAGGAGGGCGGUGAUGAUAAGAGUCCUAACAAAAAGAAGAAGAAACUGCAAAAGAAAUCUCCAGAGGAGAAGUCAGAGCCUCCUCAGGCUAUGAAUGCUCUGAUGCGACUGAACCAGCUUAAGCCUGGACUCCAAUAUAAGCUCAUUUCUCAGACUGGCCCAGUUCAUGUGCCAGUUUUCACCAUGGCUGUGGAAGUUGACGGGAAAACCUAUGAAGCCUCUGGCCCCUCUAAACGUACUGCCAAGCUACAUGUGGCAGUUAAGGUCUUGCAGGAUAUGGGUCUCCCCACAGGGGUGGAGCAAAAGGUUGCUGAACCAGCAAAGGCUGAUGAUACAGCAGCCACUGCAGAGGAGGACAUGAAGCAGGCUGACACGCUGACUGAAGCGGAUGCCCCGCCUGCUGUGACUGCCAACUCUGAGCCUGCCGAGAGUGCUGAGAGUGCUCGGCAGCAGGGCCCUAUUCUGACCAAACAUGGCAAGAACCCAGUGAUGGAGUUGAAUGAAAAACGUAGAGGUCUCAAAUAUGAACUCAUCUCCGAGACGGGUGGCAGCCACGACAAACGCUUUGUCAUGGAGGUGGAGAUAGAUGGACAGAAGUUCCAGGGAACAGGCUCCAAUAAGAAGGUGGCAAAAGCAUAUGCAGCGCUGGCUGCUUUAGAGAAGCUGUUCCCAGAAGGCUCUGUCUCUGAGGCAGCAAAGAAAAAGAAAUCCAUGAAUGCUCCAGGAUUUGGGAUGAUGAGUGGACCAGUUGAUGACCCAGCAGUCAAUCCUAGAGGUCGGGGAAGAGGACGGGGUCGAGGCAGGGGCAGAGGUUUUAAUAAUAGUGGAGGAUAUAAUCAAGGUGGUUAUGGAAGUUAUGGAUAUGGGAACAAUACUAAUUCUGGCUACAAUUACUACAAUAAUGGAGGAGCCAAUGGAGGAUCAGCAGCUCCAGCUCCUGGAACUGUAGGCCCAGUGUCUAACACCCCAAGUGGUGGAGCUCCAGGAACAGGUGGUUUUACCUCAUAUUACCAGAGUGGUGGCUACUCAGCACCACCUUCAGUGACCAAAUCCCCUGGUAAGAAGCCUCCAAUGCACCAGGGCACCAAGCCUCCAGGAACAGGUGCAGCUCCAGGGUCCUAUCAGGCCACCCCACCACCAGGGCAAGGCUCCUACAACCAGUACAACCAGGGCUACGGGCAAGGGAAGAAGAACUUCGGCCAAGUUCAAGGUGGCGCUGGAGGUGGGGGUUAUGGCAACUACAGCACGGCAUACCCAUCCCAGGUGACUGGCGGAACAGGGGGUCAGGACUAUAGCUAUGAAGGUUACAACAACCAGUCAAAUUACAGCGCACAAGGAACCAACCAGGGUUACAAUGCCAACUCGGCCCCGUACCACAACGCUGGAGUGGGCUAUGGCCGCGGGGACCCCAGCAUGAACUACCAGUACAGAUAGACUGAACCCCACUCAAAUGUGCACCUGUCAUCACCCUUUUUAGCUUGUACAUCUCUUCUGAAGUAGCAGUGGCAACUGUCCUCACCAUCAGCUUCUGAGUUUAUUUUGCCCAGGGACACAAACUGAAAACUGGACUGGGGGAGGGAGGGACCUUAAAGAACCCUAAGUGUUCUAAUUUUCUGUGCUGAAUGAUCUGUUCUGUGGUCUGUUUUAAUGUGUGCUUAUUUUUAUUUUUUUCUUACACUUCCCUGCAACUACUGCCCAAAGGGGAGAGAACCACCCCAACUCACAUGCAUGUUGAAGACCUGAUGUUCAUGAAAAACUUUUAAUUUAACACAUUUCCUUUUUAAUGUUUCACCUUCUUUUUUUUUUUUUUUUUUUUUUUUUUUUUUUUUGGAUAUACUGCAGUGCUUUUAUUUCUGCCAGUUCUUUAAAUAUAAUUGCAAAAGAUGUGAAACUUCAGUUCAGGUCUUGGUAGAAUUUGAUGUGCUUUGGGAUGGGGAACUUUUUUAUUUUUCAGGACCUUGUUUAAGAAUGUAUGUUUGUAUGAAUAAAGACAAGACUUUUAUUUUGGAGGAAAUCCAUACUCACAAAUGUGUUCAUGUGUUGCAGUUGUUGUCUUUUCUAAACAAUCUUUGCAGUUCUGUGUUCAACUGUAAUGCACUCAACAUAGAAAGACAGCAGAACAGACUGUCCAGUUGUUGGUCAAAUAAAUGAAGCGUCUGCUUAGAAUGCUA